AUGAGUCACCAGCUGUGGAGGUGCUACUGGGAAAACGAUGUCGACGGAUUUCGGCGUCUCCUGGCACCUGCCAGCCAAGCUUCCCAAGCCGGGUAUAGAACACCUGCGAUAGGCCAUGACUCCGGUUCCUCAAGUCGGAGCCCUGGUGGCUUUGGGACCUCCCCCAGAUCUGUCCCCAAGACUAGGAAAACCUCAGGUUACACACCAACGCCUGGCCGAACGAAAGAUGCGACCGCCACCAUUGGGCGCCACGAAUUGAAUAGCCGCGAUCAUGCUGGUCUGACGAUUCUUUUGCGCGCUGCUUUAUCUACCGAUCCAGCAGCCCGCGAAUUUGUCGAAGCCUUGAUCGAGCAUCCCGCCAUCGACUUAUACGCGCAGGACCCCGAAAGCGGUUGGAAUGCCCUCCAUCGAUCGCUCUAUGCUGGAAACGUAUCGAUCGCGCGCAUUCUAUUGAAGAAGGAACGGGAAUAUCUGACCAGCCAUGAUCUCAGCUCAGUCAGCAGGGUCGGGAUGUUGAUCAAAACCAAGGAUCAUGAGGGAAACAGUCCAUUUGACUUGUACAAUUCCACGAUCGCGACAAGAUCUCUCCAUCUUGUGCAUGAGGAAUCUGCAUCUGAGAGCGACUCCGAGAGUGGAAACAGCGUUGAUGAUGGUGUUGAUGCAUCUGGCCACUCAGUCCAGCCGCCAGUUUGGGGAGAUGAAGUAUAUGUUUUCGGAAGCAAUAAGAAUCUAUCUCUUGGAGUGGGAGAUGAGGACGAUCGUCAAUUUCCGGAGCGCAUCCAACUCAGACGCCCAGAUGAACUCUUGCGAAAGCUCUAUGAAGACCAUCUUUCAAGGCGUGGCCUGGAACCUCCCCAGUCCCCCCUUUUAGUAGAUGAUAUUCCUACACAAAUACGGAACUGCCCUCUGGUAAUCGAAAAUGUUGUCAUGUCCAAGCUUCAUACCGCCAUCUUGACUACAGAUCCGGUGUCGAACUUGUACAUAUGUGGUGUGGGACGAGGUGGGCGGCUUGGUCUUGGGGAUGAAAACACACAGUUUCGAUUUGUUCCCGUGCAAGGUCCUCUCUCCGACAAGAAGAUACAAAAGGUCGCACUUGGAUUAAACCACACCCUUGCGGUUACAGACGAUGGGGAGCUUUGGACAUGGGGCCUGAAUACCGAUUCUCAACUUGGGUACAUCCUGCCUCCACCGACCAAGGCUGACGAGGAACCUAUGUGUGUAACACCCCGACAAGUGUUUGGUUCACUUAAGAAAGAGGUAAUUCUGGGUGUCGCGACGUCGGGUAUUCACUCAGUUGCCCACACUGGAUCUGCCCUAUACUGCUGGGGUCGUAAUGUUGGUCAACUCGCGCUGAUGGACUCGGAUUCUCGAUCCUUGGAUGUCCAACAUACCCCAAGGAAGGUUGGCGCCUCGCUUCUUUCAGCCCCAAUCCGGAUGGUAUCGGCCAUUGACAAGGCAACGACUUGUUUGCUGGCUAAUAACAGCGUCUGGGUUUUCACCAACUAUGGUUAUAACCUUGUCAAGUUUCCCGCAGUUGAUAUGUUCGCAAACUACAACUUAACAGUAUCCCACUCCAGUCAUUACGAACCAGGUCGUAAGGAGAUCCAAUAUAUUGCAUCUGGAGGGGAUACGAUUGCUGCCCUUACAGCAUCGGGCGAUCUCUUUACAAUGCAGGUCAACCAAAAGCUGGAAUCAACGCAGCCAGCUGCAUCUACGACCAAUCCAGUGAAAAUCAAGGGUGCGUUGAGUCAGCCCCAAUGCAUUUGGGAUUCAAGAAAAGACGGCGCCGCUUCUGUAAAUGUGGGCGAACAUGGAUCUGUCAUCAUAUGCACGGCAUCAGGAGCUGUGUGGAAGAGAGUCAAGCGGUCAAAAGGCAAGGCCGCCGUCUUUGUCGACCAGUCGGGCAAACGAAAGGAUUUCAAAUUUGAGCGUGUUCCUUAUAUUACGAACUGCAUAAUGGCCCGGAGCUCGAUAUUUGGAGCCUUCGCUGCGGUGAGGAAGGAUAGCAAGGUCAUGUCCGAUCAAAUCAAAGUACAGGAACCCUCGCUAUGGGAUGACUUGAGCGAUUUACUGAGCAUUUCGGAUUUCAAAGCCCAGAAUCAUGAUUCUAACAAGAUUCAGAAAUCUUGGGAUACUGCGAUCAUGCGGGAACGCGUGGGCAGUGUGACUUAUGAAAUCCUUCGCUCUUUGGACAUAGAAAAUGACAUGCGUCAGUGGCUUCAGGAUCACGCACUGCAGCAUGAGAACAUGGAUAUGGAGAUUUGCACCUCUUCCCUACCUGAUAUCAAGAUUCCGGUUCAUGGCUGGGUACUGGCGGCUCGAAGCCCCGUCCUGCGCUCUACAUUUGCGCAAUUUCGCAACGGCGAGCUGACCUCACACACGGAGAGUUUUGUAUUGGGACAAGGAAACCAACGAACUGUUUUGACACUUUCGGAUGUCGACCUGUACACGAUUCUAAAUCUAGUGCUUUAUGCUUACCUUGACAUAAUCUUACCGGUCUGGAAAUAUACGCGGGACUCACCGGCAAAUGCAUUCAGAUUUCGUCAGGUUAGAACGGAGCUUAUGAAAAUUGCAACUCUCCUCGACAUGGCCAAACUUGAGUCUGCUUCCCGACUUCAAAUUGGGCUUGAGCGUUCCUUGGAUACCGAUCUCCAGGAAGCGAUUAGUGACGACAGCUUUUUUGAAGACGGAGAUGUUGUUCUUGAAUUAGAUGAAGGGGAAGAAGUCAUUGCACAUAGCCAGCUACUGUGUCAACGAUGCCCCUUCUUCGAGGGUAUGUUCUUUGGGCGAUCUGGAGGUCAGUGGCUCGCAAAGCGACGCGACUCUAUGGCACCCGACGCCCGGAUCCAAAUUGAUCUGAGGCAUAUGGAUGCGAACUCAUUCCGUUAUGUAAUGGCCUUCAUGUAUGGUGAUAUCGGACCCGAAAUUUUUGACGAUGUGGCCGCAGCCACUGUCGAUGAGUUUUCAGAGCUUGUUUUUGACGUUAUGAAUAUCGCCAACGAGCUCAUGCUGGACCGCUUGUCCCAGAUUUGUCAAUCGUUGAUUGGCAAGUUUGUUUCAGCUCGGAAUGUCGCUGGUCUUCUCAAUGAAAUCAGCCCUUGUUCUGUCACGGGUUUCAAGGACACGGGGCUGGAGUAUAUUUGUCUACAGCUGGAAAAUAUGCUGGAGAACCAUUUUCUUGACGAUCUUGAUGAUGAUCUGCUUGUGGAGUUGGAUGCGGUCGUUCGUGAUAAUCAACUCGCUCGAUUCCCCAUCGUGCGUAGUGGAAGAGCUGAGCUACUUUUGCACGAGAAAUAUCACGACCUGAUCGCAGAUAUCACCGAGGAGCAUGAAAUUCGAAUUAAGGAAUUCGCGUAUAAGGCUUCUCAGAGGGAUGAAAAGCUGUCAUCGUCUUACAAGCAACAUCGGUUUGGCAGCCUAGAUGAAUUGGCUAGCCAAUCACCAACCACUGAAAGAUCUCGACGCAAGUCUAAAAACGGCCGAAAUGAACCGUUUAGCCCAACACUUCGGCCCAAGGUGUCAAUGGGUGAGAUGAUCUUCGACAUGGACGAGGACAAUUGUUUGACUGUGUCAAACCCGGCAUCCCCUGAUCUUCAAGGUGUUGAUUCGGGGAUGGAGUUGGACGUGGAACCCAUCUCACAACUGCCAAAAUCCUGGCAGAAGCCUAGGGGCAGUCCUUCAUUUGAGCCUGCCACCAACUCGCUGAAGAAUGCCUUCGUCCCGGAUGCAAGACCUCGAGGGCUAGGACAAGGUGGCAGCAACACACCUCCUGUGCCCGGCCCCACUGGAAAAGGUACUGGCAGCCCAUGGGGUGCUACCUCUUUUUCAAAGCCAGGCUUUGAUCUGAAAGACAUCAUGACAGAGACAAAGUCAACAUCUGCCCUCAGCGCAGGGUUGGCUUCACCAGAGUCGAAGGAUUCCAAUAAGCCACAGGCAAAAUUAUCACAGAAGGAGAGAAAGAAGCAGAUGCAGAUGCAAGCAGUUGCGCAGGCUGCCGAACAAGAAAGCAAGGUCAACCAUGUGCCUUGGGAAACUGUCCCUACUGGGGGUCGGCAAGCGGCUUGGAAGAGUGCUGCCCCCCCUCCGAAGGCAUCGCUCAAGGAUGCUAUGCGAUCUGACACUGUAGCCCGAGGAGCUGCGGUAGCUGCGAAUAACAAGCCGCUCCUAGCCUCCGAAGCUGUCUCCAAUCAGUCGAGGGUGCGAACAGCGUCUCCUGACACAAGAUUCCCAGGCCAAGGACGAACAAAUGGUUCGCCGUCAACUCCUGGCACACCGGGCUCCAAAACAAGCCAAAAGCCCGUGGUCCCUCACUCGAAAUCAUACAUCACCCCAGCCUCCAAAUCAGAGUUUAUCUUGGGGACUAGCAUGGCUGAUAUCAUCGGACAACAGAGGCGAGAGCAGGAGCUUGUCAAAGAAGCCGUGGCUAAGCGCUCAUUGCAAGAAAUUCAACAAGAACAGGCAUUCCAGGAGUGGUGGGACCAGGAAAGUCGACGAGCACAAGAAGAAGAGGCCAGGCGUCAAACAAGAGGGGAAAAGCAGGACCCUAAGCCUGGUCAACGUGGACGAAGAGGUCGAGGGGGAGGCAAGGGCCGGUCAAAUGACGCGGCAUCUGCCAAACCACAGGCUGAAGGGGCUUCACACAAUCGGGAUGGUGGGACACCACGGAAAGGCAAAGGCGUUCGGGGAAAGUAG